UUCAAUCCUUCAGAUCUACACCAAAACAACAUGCCACUUCCUCCUCUCUCUCUCUCUCACGCUUUAUUCACUGAGCUCGAAACCCUAACCUAGCGAUCCUCGGCCUCCACUGAAGCGAGAGAUUUGGUGAGAAGCGGAGGAGAUCGAGCUUCAUUGACGACGUGCCCGAGGAGGAGGACGAGAAGGAAGAGGAUGACGAUGAAUACGGCCCCAAUCGUGGUUGCGGCGGCGGGAUUAGUAAGCGGAGCAAAAAGAGGCCCUCCGGUGGGUUUUCUUGAUCUCGAAGCAGUGGAUGAUUCAGAUGAUUCAGAUGAGGACGAGGACGGUACGGAUAAAUCUCUUUUUCAUUCAAAUGUAAAAUCCAAUAGAAGCUUCUAUUUUCUUCUCCCCACCCCCCUGAAAUGGGCUGAGACUCUGAUCCGGAUUUGCAAUUCGGGGCGGGUUGGAUCGGGUUUUCGGAAAUGGAAGGCGGAGACGGGACGAUGCGGCUCGGGGCUCUCAACAUGAAGGCGGAUCGGGUGAGGUUCGAUUCGAGUCCCGAUGUGUCGGUUUCGUCGGCGGUGACCAAGCAGAAGGCGGCGGCGGCCAAGCAGUUCAUUGAGAAUCACUACAAGAACUAUCUACAAGGACUACAGGAUCGGCAAGAGAGACGUCGAGCACUUCAAAGGAAAGUGCAAGAAGAUCAGGUACCGGCUGAGGAACAAGAAGAGAUGAUGAGGAAUUUGGCACGCCGAGAAACAGAAUAUAUGAGACUCCAAAGACGUAAAAUCGGAAUUGAUGAUUUUGAGCAAUUAACUGUAAUUGGAAAAGGUGCCUUUGGCGAGGUAAGGUUAUGCCGUGCAAAAGGUACAGGAGAGAUUUUCGCUAUGAAGAAAUUGAAGAAAUCAGAGAUGCUUAGCCGUGGACAGGUUGAACAUGUGCGUUCUGAGAGAAAUUUGCUUGCUGAGGUUGAUAGUCGGUGUAUUGUGAAACUUUAUUAUUCAUUUCAAGAUUCCGAUUUCUUAUACCUUAUCAUGGAGUAUUUACCUGGUGGUGACAUUAUGACAUUAUUGAUGAGAGAAGAUACUCUUUCUGAAGAUGUUGCACGUUUUUAUAUGGAUGAGGGAAUGAAUGUAGGACCCUUAUACUAUGAAUCUCUAAGGCUUGACUGCUAGUAUGUGAAAUGCUGGCAAAUUAGGCUGCUUUAAUUUCAAAGGCUCCUCAAGCUGCAGGGACCAUCCAUACUGAUUUUGAGAGAGGAUUCAUUUGUGCUGAGGACUCUUAUGAGUAUCUAUUUAAAGAGCUGAGCAAGUAUAGAUGGAUCAUUCUCAGGCUAUAAUUAAAGAGUUGGUGUAUGAAAAGCAAUUGGAUAGGCAAGAAAUGGAUGACUUGAUGAAGCAAGAUGAGCUAGAAGUUGAAAGAAAGUUGAGAAAGCUUUGGCUGAUCUUUGUUUUUUAACAACCUUUGGUUGGUCUUAGAAUUGUGAUUGUUGGUUGGUUAUAGAUGAUGGGUUUCAUAAUAUUUUUCAAUUUAUGAUAUUUGCUGCA